AGCCAUGUUUGGCUCAAGUCAUUUUGGCUCGAGAAAUGUUCAGUCCAAGGUAUUUUUGGCUCAAGCCGUGAUGCCUUGUCUUUUCGGAUGCUGGACAUCGAUCGAGGGUCUCGAGAAGGCGCUAUUUCCCUCGAAGCGUCGAUCAAGAACUGUGGUCGGACAAAGCAAUGGAGCGCAGCACUGCGGUUGCUCCGCGAAGGAAUUCGACUAGGUGUGCAGCUCGCCCCAGGCCAUUACAUUGCGACUGUCUGCGCAUGCAGAAAAGGCGGGCUGUGGCAACACGCGCUGUCGGUACUGAUCGAGAUGUGGGAGGCGAAAGUGGAGCGCAACUCAGCUACAGUGCUGGGAUCAGUGCGUGCGAGAAGGGCGAGCAGUGGCAGCGGGCCUUGGCGCUGCUGAGCGAGAUGUGGGAGGCGAAGCUUGAGCCCAACGUCAUCAGCUACAGCGCUGGGAUCAGCGCGUGCGAGAAGGGCGAGCAGUGGCAGGCGGCCCUGGCGCUGCUGAGCGAGAUGUGUGAGGCGAAGCUGGAGCCAAGCGUCAUCAGCUACAGUGCUGGGCUCAGUGCGUGCGAGAAGGGCGAGCAGUGAUGUGUGAGGCAAAGCUUGAACCCGACGUCAUCAGCUACAGUGCUGGCAUCAGUGCGUGCGAGAAGGGCGAGCAGUGGCAGCGGGCCCUGGCGCUGCUGAGCGAAAUGCGGGAGGCAAUUCUUGAGCCCAACGUCAUUAGCUACAGUGCUGGGAUCAGUGCGUGCGAGA